AUGUCUGAUUCAAGGUGGCGGCGAUGUAGCUUCAACACUGGUGUUGAUGUAAUUUUCUCUCCAAUUUCCUUCUUUGACUUUCUCAUUUUGCUUUCAUUUAUCAUGUUUUCUCUUACUUUAAUACAUCAUUUCAUCCAUCUUUCAUUGCUUGAUUUAUUCCGUCCUUCUUUCAAUAUUAUUCUUGUCUUUCAUCAAGGUAUCCUUCCUUCCUUCCUUCUGUACGUCAUUCCUUCCUUCUUUCAAUGUUAUUCCUGUCUUCUUCAAGGCAUUCCUUCCUUCAUUCAUUCAAUCUCAUUCGUUCCUUCAAUACAUUAUUCCUUCAUUCCUUUCUUCCUUCCUUUGUGCCAUUCCUUCCUUCAUUCAAUGUUAUUCCUGUCUUCCUUCAAGGCAUUUCUUCUAUUCUUCCUUCAUUCAAUGUCAUUCUUUCCUUCAAUACAUUAUUCUUUCCUUCCUUCCUUUGAACUAUUCCUUCCAACUUUCUAUGUUAUUCCUGUCGUCCUUCAAUCCUUCCUUCCUUCAUUCAAUGUUAUUCUUUCCUUUAAUACAUUAUUCCUUCCUUCUUCCAAUGUCAUUCCUUCCUUCCUUACGUUAUUCAUUUCUUCAAUGUCAUUCCUUCCUUCAAUACAUUAUUCCGUUCUUCAGUACAUUAUUCCUUCCUUCCUUCCUUCCUUCCUUCCUUCCUUCCUUCCUUCCUUCCUUCCUUCCUUCCUUCCUUCCUUAUGCCAUUCGCAAGCCUAUCGCUACUCAAUCGCUAUUUCCAUGUUCAUCCUUCUUUCAAUACACCAUUUCUGUCUUCCUUCCUUCCGUCCUUCAAUAGUCAUUCCAUUCUUCCUUAAAACAUCAUUCUUUCCUUUUUUCCUCCUUUCAAGGCGUUAUUCUUUCGUUCCUUAUCAUUCCUUUCUUUCUAAAAUAAUCAUUCCUUACUUUAUUCUUUCUUUCAAUGCGUUAUUCCUUCGUUCCUUAAUUCCUUCCUUUAAAACAUCAUUCUUUCUUGCCUUACUUCAAUACAUCAUUCCUUUGUUGCUUCCUUCCUUCCUUCCAUCAAUAUGUUCUCCGUUCUCAUUCCUUUUUUCCUUAAAUACAUCAUUCCUUCCUUUAUUCUUUCUUUCUUCCUUCGUUCCUUCCUUUAAAACAUCAUUCCUUUCCGUCUUACUUACAUACAUCCUUCCUUUCUUACCUCCUUCCAUCAAUAUGAUCUUAUUUCCUUCUUUCAAUACGUCCUUCCUUGCUUCAAUAAACCAUUUCUGUCUUCCUUCUAUCAAAACAUUAUUCUUUCCUAACUUCAUUCCUCCCUCUCUCCCUCCCUCCCUCCUUCCUUCCCCCCUUCCUUCCUUGUGGUAA